UGCUGGACCCAUACCUAGAUCCGUAUUGGAUAUGUCUGGCGGGUCUUGGGUCGGAUCCUGAUCCAUUGCCACCCCUAGCGUGAAUAGAGAGUGAUAGACAUAUACCUAGCAAUGAGUAGUAGUCAAUUGGUAGUAAUUGUAAAUUUUUAACGUUCUAUUCUCAAAAUUUUGAAUUUCGCGCCUCCUUUAAUGGACAACAUUUCAAUAUUACGGUUUCGAGUUCCCGUCACAUGACGAUCAAGUGCAUUCCAUCUUCUUGAUUCCAUGGAAACUCUAAAUUGCGUCAGUGGAAACCCCAGAAUUGAUUUAGGUUUUGGCUACUGAAUUUCCAGCAACGACAUGAAAUUGGACAAUGUCUGAGUUGAUUAUGUGGCGUGGGCAAAACUAAAGUGCAGAGGGAUUAUGAUGCGAACAAGUGGGAAGCUGGUUCACAUGUUAUACAGAGCAAUUACAUAUGCUGUGACCCCCUUAAUCUAUUGUCACAUACAGUGGAGGAGGUUUAGGGGCCUUGAACACCCUCAUAGAUGGCCUGAACGCUUUGGAUAUCCUUCUUCUUCUCGCCUCCAUGGCCGCCCUCUCUUAUGGUUUCAUGCUGUCUCCUUGGGUGAAGGAAUGGCAACACUUCCAAUUCUCUUACAUUGCGCUCAGUGUUUACCCAAUAUUACUAUACUGAUGACCACUACUACAACUUCAGCAUUUUAUGUUAUCAAGGACAGGCUUCCAAGUAGUGUUAUUUACCAGUUUGCUCCUAUUGACGCUCCUGUUGCAGUAGAUACGUUUCUCAUGCACUGGAAUCCCAUUGCUGUCAUUUUGAUGGAAAAUGAGCUGUGGCCGAACCUUAUCAUGGCCGCUUCUGAAAGGGGGAUUCCAUUGGCAUUAUUAAAUGCAAGAAUGUCCGAAAAAUCUUUCCAACUCUGGUCCAGCCCUAUCGCCUCAUCCCUCAUUUCAUUAUUGCUAUCAAAGUUUUCCUUGAUUUUGCCAACGAGCACCCAGCAAGCAAUUCGAUUUCAGUUACUCGGCGCGCCUCCAUUUAUCGUUAAUUUUUCUGGUGACUUGAAAUAUGAAGUUGGUCAUCUUGAUGCAUUGGAACAAAUACCUGAGAAGACAAGAGAUUUGCAAUCACAACUCUCUCUUAGGAAGGUUUGGAUGGCUGCUUCUACACAUGAAGAUGAAGAACAAGUGAUGUUUUGUGUCCACAAAGAGCUCAUGAAGUUGUACCCUCAGCUGCUUACGAUUAUUGUGCCACGCUAUCCUGAACAAGGACGUCAUAUUGCUCAAGCUGUUCUAAAGGAAGGGAUGACUGCUAAACUGAGGUCUCAGAGUGCAAAUAUCUGCUCCAGCACAAAUUUUUAUAUUGUUGAUACUUUGGGUGAAUUAAGAGACUUAUACAGGCUGACCCCUAUAGCUGUGAUUGGAGGCUCUUUCCUACGAGGUUUAUGUGGUCAUAAUGUUUCCGAAGCUGCUGCUGCUGGUUGUGCUGUUUUGACAGGUCCUUAUAUUGGGCACUUCUCUGAAAUGGUUAGGAAAAUGAAGCAAGCUUCACAUCUAUCAAUUCAGCAGGUAUCUGGAAUAGAUGAACUGAUAAAGGCUCUAAGUGAGCUUCUUGAUGAUCCAAAAAUUUUGGAUGCUCGGCAGGUUGCAGCGAGACAAGCAUAUUUGGCUCUUUCAGGUAGGGUUGUGCGUAGUGUUUGGAAUCUUGUUGAUGCCCAUGUCCUGAAGCACGCUUCUCAGAAAUGUAACCAUAAUGGUUAGAUAGGAAUUGAGGAUUUUGUACAUUUUUAUAAACUGGUGGCUUGUUCUUCAUAAGCUAAACUUCAUAAUA